AUGCAAUCCCCUUCACCUCGACUGCGCCACUACAGGACUAUGACGGCAAUAUGUUUCGUUUGCAAUCUACCAAUCCUUUCCCACCAAGUGGGCCUGGUUUGGGCUGGAGGCAACGGAUGGGACGAGCUCACACGCUCUACUCUAGAAGAAACCACGCUGAGGCAGAGGUUAGGCAAUCGAAGAGACUCCGCAGCUCAAGUCUCAUGCUUGUCUCCACCGGAACCCGACGCAGCGGAUCAACCAAGAGGUGGCCCUCGUCGCCGUCGUUCAUCCCUAGCACAACUGACCGAUAUUUUACGCGAAUGGGGUGGAGGAGGAAGCAAUGCCCCAAGAAGACAAAGGGCACCCUUAUCACGACGGGAAACAUUAGCAGACCUUGCUCGGUCACUACCCUGGGCCCGCCACGAGCCUCCACUUCGCAGACGUCGAGAUUCUUCAGCAGAUUCAGGGAUCAAGUCAAUGGCUUCCAAACGUCGCGACUCAAAAGUUGCUCACCAAGACUUCCGUUCAGACAAUCCCCCUUGUUUUGAAAGAAAAGAUUCCACCACAAUUAUACCUUCCCGAGAGCGGCGAAUCAGACGUCGCGGCUCCGGAGAUGACAAAGAGCGUAGGGAUUCAGUAGAUGGAUAUAGACAUAGAAGAGAUUCCGUGGUGGCUCCACCUCCAAGAAUUGUUGCCACACAUAAAAAAAGAAGACCAUCCCCACCAAUGCAGGCACCACCCUCAUUUGUCGAUGCUUCUUCAGAUCCCGGGCCAUCUCACGUACCAGCAGUAACUAUAGUAACAGUGCAUGAGCCAAGUCGAUCUGAUGGUGAAUGCCCACCGGUAACAAUGCCAACUAUCAUAACCUCCGCGGUGACGCCAUCACCAACAUCACCUACUGUCCCCAGUGUCAACACAGCUACGACUCAAGCUUCUCCCACGCCAUCUGUCAACCAAGUCAGUCAAGGUACGCAAGAAUGCCAAACAAUUCAAAAUACACAAACAACUCCGGGGGGAAGGAGUCCUCCUAAUUUAGGAGGACGCCGUGACUCAACAACUCAAUGUGGUCGUACAAGAAGAGACUCACGUGCCGCUGCUAGCCCAGAACGCCGGCUAGGUCGAUUACAAAGGCAAGCAACUGCAUUUGAUGAUCCCAUUGGCCCACCUGGAACAAGGCGGCCUUCUCUAGAGCCAGAUGAUGCUGGAAGAGCUCGCCGUGACUCCUUAAGUCCCGAUUCUGCCGUAAGGUCAAGACGUGAAAGAAAUCAGCUUAGCCCUGACCGGGCUGGUGGCGGUGAAUUAAGCCCAUCAGCAGCACGAAGACGAAGUCGAUUGAGAAGACAAGCCUCUUGUGCUAGAAUGGGACGUGCUAGAAGCCCAGAGUCUAGUUCAUGUUCUAGUCGUGAUCCUAGCCCUUGUGCAAGGCCCCCUGAAAAAACGAUUUUUAGAAGACAAUCAACAACUGAAGAGAUAUUAAUAGCUAGAGGCUUUCGUCGUCAAUCUACCACGGAGGAAAUGAUACGGUGUCGUAACUUUAGGCGGCAAAGUUCCCAAAGUGAUGAUGCCUGCAUGCGCGCUAGAGGUCGCCGCGAUUCUUCGACUCAAAUAUUAGAUGGCACCAUUGGAACCAUGACUGUUGAAACAACUAGCACUUUUUUCGAUUCAAGCACACAAACUGAACCUUCCCCGCUGUAUGACAACAACCAUUACCACGAGGAAUGUCUGCGUUGCAACUCCUGUGGAUUAAACCUCACUGGACCCAAUCAGAAACGUGCGAGGCGGUUCAAGAAUCAUAUACUUUGCGAUCUGCACUUCGCAGACGUAGCGCUGAUGGAGUGUAGCGACUUUAUGCAACAGCUUCGCAGCUUCAAACCCCAGUCACUGGGCUGCGCAGUCGCCAGGCGGAAGUCUUCCACCACAUUAAUAUUCCCUCUUCCGCCGCAGGCGUGCUCAGAUGAAUUCUGUGAAGAAUAUCCACAUAACUUGAUACCAACGCCUGGCUACUGGAUCGAGUGUUCAAGGCAGAAGAUCGCGACAGACACGAUAUGGGACGAAUCCGAAUCAGAUCACGAUAGUGGACCAGACAGAGAAAAUGAAAAUGACCGUUACCGAAGAUCCGGUUCCCUUGACGAAGCGGCGGAAGACAGUGACAAUGGCGGAAGUACGCCCAAAAAGAAAACCGCGAUCGAGGAACAAUGGGAGAGAUCGGGAGGCUUCGAACUGACCUCCGUGGAACAGGAGACAUAUGAAAAGUACUUUUAUGGAACUGAACACUGGAACUACUUCACAAAUGAUGAAGAUCUUGGACCUGUGAUAUUGUCUAUUAAGCAAGAAACUCUGAACAACAGGGAUCAGUUUAGGAUUUUAGUUCGAGCGAUAAGUUACACAGUGCAUGGUUUGAUCCCAGCAUCAUGUGUGUUCGCGGACCGGUACAAUCGCGAAGAAGUGGUGAGGUCUCUCGGCAAGGAGGUUAAUAUAAACCCACCGCUUAUGCUGGGACAGCUGCCCGACACACCUGAGGAAUUACUGAAGCUUGAUCAGGUAUUCAUCAAGUCGGAGCUAAAAGUCGGUGUUAUUUACGUCAAAGAGAACCAGUACACUGAAGAGGAAAUAUUAGACAAUAAUGAAAAUUCGCCGCUCUUCGAGGAGUUCCUACAAGUGCUUGGUGAAAAAGUACGAUUAAAAGGUUUUGACAGAUAUAAAGGUGGUUUGGACACUGUACACGAUUUGACUGGACUAUACUCAGUGUACACUAACUGGCGAAGCAUAGAAAUAAUGUUUCAUGUGUCAACACUGUUGCCAUAUGAAAGGCACGAUCCUCAAAAGUUACAAAGAAAACGGCAUAUUGGGAACGAUAUUGUAUGCGUCGUGUUCCUCGAAGCUGAUAACACUGCGUUCUCGCCUGCUUGUAUUAAAAGUCAUUUUCUGCAUACGUUUAUUUUAGUACGAGUGGCAACGAAAUCGAAAAAGCGACCAACAAGAUAUGAAGUUUCCGUCGUCACUCGUGAUGAAGUGGGUGCCUAUAAGCCUUACUUGUGGGAGCAGAGCGUCUUCGACAAAGGACCUAUGUUCAGGGAAUGGCUAUUAACGAAAAUCGUGAACGGUGAACGAGCGUCCUACUCAGCUCCGAAGUUCGCGAGGAUGCAGGAACGCACGCGCAGCCAAAUGUUAGAAGACAUUGUUGCUAAUCUUCAGAACCACGCCGAGACCGGACAAAUACCUAAACCUUAUAGACGUGGAUCAUGGCGUCCAAUAGGCCACAUGCGGCCUUCGUCACCAUUACUGGAUUCCGUACGGGAUCAGUUUGAAGACUACGAUCAGUUGGCUAAAGAUUUCACUAGAGUAUUUCUUAAUAAUGAACUGAAUACAGCACAGAACGCACAAUUGUUUGACGUUGUGUUCCUCGUGGGACAGUCGAAGCAGAAGACGCGGUUUAUUGGAGUAAGGGCUAUUCUUGGAGUAAGGAGUCGAGUGUUCCAAGAAAUGCUGUACGGCAUCCAAACGGGUUUCGGUUCCCCUCAAGUUCCGGUGGCGGAGCUCUUGUCUCGACCCGCUCCAACCCUGCUCUCCCCUACGCCGGCUAAACAGAAAAGCAGCAACUUUUUACAAGUACCAGACAUUGAGUCACCCAGACCAAAAAGUGUACCAAGUUCUCCGAUGGUGAAGCGCGCAUUUUCCCGCCUCGGGACCAUAACAGCAGGAUGGGGCAGAUCCAUCAGAAAACAACAUUCGCAACUUAACGCAGAUGAUAAGAAGAAGUGGGCCAGUUCGCAAGAUUGUUCCAAUAAAGAGAAUAAAGAAAGGGAGAAAGAGAAGAACGCAGCUUUAGCCGUGCCAAGGUUAUCAGUAUGCGCAGAUGCGCAAAAAGUCGAUCGCGCCAAAUUAGCUCAGACUGAGUUCUCCAUAAUAGAAUUCGACCCUGAAACAUUCCGUAUCCUCUUGGACUACUUACACACGGGCAGCUGUCCUCUCACCUGCGCAUCCAUUCCGGGACUCAUAUGUGCAGCUGAGCAUUACGACUUACCAGAACUGCUGCAGGCCUGCUUCCACCACGCCAAGCAAUUUCUGAGGAUAGAAGUGGUGUGCACAAUGCUUAUAUCUCUAGAAAAUUACUACUGGAGAUACACAUCCGCCUCGGAACUAGUAAAUAUGAUACUUGCAUUCAUAGAACAACGCGCCUACGCCUUAUUCCAGACACCAGAGUUCCUAAACCUCUCAGAAUCAAUGGUCCAAAUGAUAAUGUGCAGAAAUCUCGAAGUACCCGAGGUCCGCAAAUUUGAGGCCAUGCUCAGUUGGGCGAGAAACAAAAUCAAAUCGAAAUCUGCCAACAAGACUGACGCCAAAAAUGAAUUCAAAUGCAUCAUGGAGCGGUUAGCGAGGGAUCUGAAGCUGUACAGAAUAUCACCACAGGAGUUGAUCAAAGUGGUGCUUCCUUCAAAAGCUAUCAAGAACGAAAGAAUCCUGGAGACACUAAUGUACCAAGCAAAUUCCGGGAUGUAUAGGAUCCAAGAGGAUUAUAUAGAGGCCUGCCAGCAACGUAUUCAGAAGCAAGACUCUAGAUUUUCCGAAUUCGAGAGUUUUGACUACGGCAUAUAA